CUAAAGUUUGGGGUCAAAGUUUGGGGUCUGAAGCUGGGCACUUGUCCCCUUGGAGGCUGGGACCCCUAGGUCCUCCGCUGAGCACUGUGCCAGUCGAAAUAGCUCGCCGAGAAAACUGUCUCCGUUUAAGUUUCAUACAGUUAUACUCCGUAACUUCAAAAGGCCUGGCCGCCAUUUUAGAGUUUCUCAAGACUCUCCGCCGUCAAUGGAGGAAGCGAUCCGGAACCUGUGGGAAGAAGUGAGGGAUCUGAGCCUAGGAACAACCCCUCAAAUUGAUCACCUCCCCUCUCCCCUCACCCCUCUUCAAUUUCUCCGCGACUACGUUUCCCCCAAUAAACCUUGCCUCAUAUCCAACGCCGUCAACCACUGGCCCGCCACCGCUCUCUGGCGUUCCACCCGCUACCUCCUCGACUCCCUCUCUUCAUCCACCGUCUCCCUCCACCUUACCCCCACCGGCCGAGCGGACUCCGUUACCUCUCUUCCCACCUCUCCUGCAUCCCUCUGCUUCGCCUCCGCCCAUGUCGAAAGACUCUCUUUCCCUGACGCUCUACAAUCGGUUCUUCAAUCCGAAGGCCGUUCCUCUGUUGCUUACCUGCAGCAACAGAACGAUUGUUUUCGUUCGGAGUAUGAAGAACUCGGUCAGGACUGCGAUUCCCAUAUCUCGUGGGCAAGCGAUGCCCUAGGAUGCCUUCCCGAUGCCGUGAACCUCUGGAUAGGGAAUGAUCUGUCUGAGACUUCUUUCCAUAAAGACCAUUAUGAGAAUCUCUACGCCGUGAUUACUGGGGAGAAGCAUUUUCUUCUGCUUCCUCCUACGGACGUCCACAGGAUGUAUAUUAGAGAGUAUCCGGCUGCUCAGUAUCACUAUUCUCAGGAGAGCAUGGAGUUUUCAUUGGAACUAGAGGAUCCAGUUAGGUAUGUGCCAUGGAGCAGUGUGAAUCCAUAUCCCUCACCUGAUUUGAAGGGGAAAGAAAUAGCAGAGUUUCCUCUAUAUUUUAAUGGUCCUAAGCCAUUUGAAGUCACAGUAAAGGCUGGGGAAGUUCUUUAUUUGCCAAGUAUGUGGUUUCAUCAUGUUAGACAAAUUCCAGACAGAAGAGGACUCACAAUUGCAAUAAACUACUGGUAUGAUAUGCGGUUUGAUGUCAAAUAUGCUUACUUCAACUUUCUGCAUUCCAUAGCUUCUUCAAAACACCAUUGUCAAAUAUCCUGUUGCAGAGUUUGCACAGAAUCAUGUUCUUGUACAUCUGCGAGUAUUUCAACAGAUGAAUCCACAAACUCUGCUCAUGUCAUGCAUAACUCUUAAUGAAAUAGAUGAUUGGUAACAACUAACAAGUGAGAAAUUGUAAGCGUGGCUUCUGAUCUUGUGGUCUGUCACCUAUGAGGAGGGCCCGCAAGAAACUAGAACAGAGUUUUUGCAAAUUGUCCAUUUGUCGAGGUAAUGGUGAAUUAGAUUUCAAGAGCGAGCAGCCGCCAGUUUGAAUGAUUUGGUGGGAUCUACAGAUGUAGUUACAAGUCUUGAGCAAGGUAAAGUUCAUCUUAGAUUUACCCAAACUAUGAAAGACAUUUCCAACUAAUCUUCAAAGUACCAUGAUGCCCAUGUUCUAGGAUGAGGCUUGCGAGUAAUGUUAAAGUCGGUUGUAUGUUCACCAAAUCGGUGUAAAUUAAGUGGAUAAGAUUAUUUGGUGUCCCUAAUAACAAAGAUUUUGAAUUUUUUUUAAAGAUUAUAGAUUCUCAUUCUAUUGAUUUUCAUAUCCUAUUGGUGCAAUUCUAUGUAAUACUUUAUCAACAUUUUGUUUCCUCAGACAAACUUCGUGAUCAAACAUAUAAAUGGAAUGUUCAAAUAAAACCGUUAAACAAAAAAGCAUUAACAUGUUUAAUAAAGCAGUUUUCAAAUGAUCUUAGGUUCAUUAAAAACUUAAAGUUGCAAAAUGAAUAGUCUCAGACUCUCUUCUCUUCUAUCGCGGAAUCUCUCCAUUGGUUGAGGUAUUAUGUUUCAUCUACUCACCCUUUAUCUUUGUUAUCCUUGAGUUUGGAGAGUGCCUACUUCAUAUUUAGUUUCUUGACUUUCUUCCAAUAAAAUUGGUUGAAAAGGACUUUCAUCAUUGGUUCAAUAGGAAAUUCAUUAAGUUGAAAAAAUGCAAUCAUAUACAACUCACAAGCUAAUACUAACUCUUUGUUUGCAUUUUUAGUGGGAUGAAGGAACUAGCUUAGAAGUUGCAAAUGUUGCAACACACUUGUGAAUCACAUGUUGUUCCUAUCUGAGUUUCACUGCUGGUUUAUUAUGACAUAGCAGUUCUAUUUUCUAUUGGUGCUGCUUUAGGCAAUCUUGUUCACAAUGAUACACCGAUAACUUUGAAACCCAGAUUGCAUUUUGAGUUGAUAUAACUGUGUUGAGGACAGAAUGGAUUGCACCGCGGAAUGACGACUUCAUCAUAUAUCAGAAGGUGGUUAUAUGAAAGUGUCCCUUCGUACUGUUCACUUUGUCAUCGCCUAGGGCAUGAAGACCCAAAUGUUGGAGGCAAAUAAUGACAAAUCUCUACUGCUUUGCCGCUAAUACUCCUGAAAUUCUGUUUCAAGGGUCGUGUAGCUCCGGCAUUAUGAAUCCUUCCUCUUGUGCUAGCAUGUAUUUUAGACUGCUAUUUUGGUGAGGAUAAGUGCAUAUAACGUAUCCCUAUCUCUUGUCUCAAGUUUUGAUCCGUUUUCUUGAGCAAAUUAUUUACAAUUAAGUUGCGC